AUGAUCUUCCGCAUUGCCGAACCUGCAAUAUCAUGUUCUCGCUACAACUGCCUGUGGUGGUCGGGACUGUCGAUCAGGCCCGCCCCUUUCGAGCGGCGGGCGCCCCGCCCCCAGCACGGCGCCGCGCACGUGUGCGCCGCCCCCGCCGCCAUGGCAAAGGCCGGCACGAUUCGCGGGCUGCAGAUGUUCAUAUCGGACAUCCGCGCCUGCCAGAACCGCGAGAGCGAGGCGCGGCGUGUGGAUAAGGAGCUGGCCAAGAUCAGGGCAAAGUUUGGGGAUGAGAAGAAGGCCCUGACCGCGUACGACAGGAAGAAGUACGUGUGGAAGCUGCUGUACAUCUACAUGCUGGGGUACGACGUCGAGUUUGGCCACAAGCAGGCGUGCGACCUCAUUCCGGCGGCAAAGUACUCUGAAAAGCAGGUCGGCUACAUGGCGUGCUCCAUUCUCAUGAAUGAGAAAGAUGAGUUCCUGCGCCUGUCCAUCAACGCCAUCCACUCGGACCUCAUCAGCCGCAACGAGUCGUUCCAGUGCCUCGCCCUCACCUUCGUAGCCAACAUCGCGGGCCCAGAGAUGGCGGAGGCUCUGACGCCAGACGUGCUCAAGCUCAUCGGCACCGGCAGCGCGCGCCCCAUCGUGCGCAAGAAGGCCGCGCUGUGCCUGCUGCGCCUGCUGCGCAAGACGCCCGCCGACCAGGCCGUCGUCGCCGCGGACAGCUUCGCGCCCGUGCUGGCGUCCCUGCUGGAGGAGCGCGACAUCGGGCUGCUGCUGGCCACGACCACGCUGCUGCUCGGGGUCCUCUCGCGCUUCGGGGCGGCGGGCUACGAGGCGUGUUCGAGGGGCGUGCUGCGCGUGCUGGAGCGCAUGGUGUCGCUGCGUGACGUCACGCCCGACUACACCUACUACGGCAUCGCCUCGCCCUGGCUGCAGGCGCGCGGGGCUUUCAGGGGCCCGGGCUAA